AUGCAACAGCAUGCUUACUGGAUCACAAUUUCAUCAUCCUCAUACAGGGAAGAGUACAAGACCUCUACCACAUUCAGAGAGAGGAUGGCUAAUCACCGCCAUGCCAUAAGGGUAGCAAUUGACAAGCAGGAGUCGGAUCAGCCUGUGGCUAGGCAUUUUAUGCAAGCAGGAAACACAGCCGCUAGCCUUAGGACUAUGAUCAUUGACCACGUGCCACCACCAAACGGUUCUCAGGUUCUUACUGCGAUUGAGAAUGUUAUCCAGGCGGUUGUGGAAGCUAUCUAAAAACCAAGCUCCUGUUAUUACCCCUUUGAAAACCGUUCAAGUUGGACCCAUUUAAGGUUUAAUGAUGCAGUUGGAUUGCAAAUGGUUAAGGAUUGCACCAUCCGAAAAGUGAGGAGUGACUAUCCGAAGUCUGCUCAAAAGUUUGCUCUAAUACUCAAGAUCCUAUCAGUUAUUUAUAAACUGGUGCAGAGUAACACAUAUGCAACAAAAAGGGACAUUUAUUACAAUGAUGUUCAGCUAUAUGGUACCCAGAAUGUUGUUGACAACAUAAUUAAUGAUAUUUCUUGUAUGCUUAAAAUGCCAAGACGAAGCCUGCACAUUCUCUCUACUUCUAAAGGAUGUAUUGUUGGAGACCUGUGGUUCACAGAAGAAGAUGGAACUAAAGUAAACUGCAACUGCAGCUCUAAUGGAGUCCUUGUGCCAUCAAAUGUUGAAGGAAUCACAAAUAUGAAUACACAUGCAAAAUUCAUCCUUAUAAUUGAAAAGGAUGCCACAUUCCAGAGGUUUCUAGAUGAUGAUUUCUGUAUCAAAUGUGGCCCCUGCAUCCUCAUCACAGGAAAAGGUAUUCCUGAUCUGAACACCAGGCUGUUUAUCCGGAAGCUGUGGGACAAGUUUUACAUCCCUAUAUUCACUCUGGUUGAUGCUGACCCGCAUGGUAUAGAAAUCAUGUGUAUCUACAAAUAUGGAUCAGUGUCUAUGUCAUUUGAAGCUCAUCACCUGACAGUUCCUUCUAUCUCAUGGCUUGGACUACUUCCAUCUGAUAUAGAAAGGUUAAACAUUCCCAAAGAAGCUUUGAUUCCUUUAUCUGCUCUGGACCACAGAAAGUUAUCUAGUAUUCAAAGCAGACCCUAUAUUUCUUGCCAGCCUCUCUGGAAAAGAGAGAUGGAGAUCAUGUCUGCAUGUAAGAUGAAGGCAGAGAUUCAAGCGCUAUCCUCCCUCUCUUCCAAUUACCUUACAAGAGUCUAUAUGCCCAACAAACUUCAGUAUGGAGGUUGGAUUUGA